AUGGUAAAAUGUAAUACCUAGCAAAAUUGCUUUAAAGCCCACUAAAUAUUGUUAUUACCAUAAUCCAAAAUCAAGUUAAAUAGAUCAAAUGGACAUAGAUUAAUUAUUCUAAUAUAUAAAAGAUAAUUACAAAAGUGAUGAAGAAGAGUACUUUGAUUCUCUUCCUCCUGAAGAUGAUAAAAAUGGAAAUAUUGAAUACAAACUUAAGUUAAUUAAAUUAGAAGAAAAAAGAUUAUAAGAACUUGAAUGUUAAAUGCUUAGGAGAAUUGAAGAAGGUAUAGAUCAUUGUUAUUAUUGGAUAGGAGUAGAAGAUAAUGGAAAUACAUUAGGCUUAAUUGAUGAAGAGUUUUUUUUUAGUUUGAAAACAUUAUCACAUAUAGCAAAUAAAAAUGAAUGUGAUUUCUAAAUCUUAUAAAUAAAAAAAGGAGAAAGAGGAAAAAUUGCAUUAGUAAAAUUAAAAUAGAGACCUCGGUCAGUAAUUACAGUAGAUAUAAGAAUUUAAUUAAUGGGAGAAAGUGCUAGUGGAAAAACUACUCUUUUUAAAUCUAUGUAUGAAGGUGAAGUUUAGAAUAAUAGCCAAGAGGAAAAAACUAAUUAAAUAAAAUAACUUUUUCUUUGCUUUAAUUCAGAUGGAACUGUACUUUCAAGAUUUCCAUUUAAUAUAUUAGGACCAUAAGGUAUGAUAGAAUUAGCAACUAAAAUUAUAACAUUUUAAGAUAUAGGUGGAUAAUUAAAAGAUAAAAAAUAUUUUGUAUAAAGUUAUUGCUCUAGAAUACCAAAUUACGGUGAACUAGUUAUUUCUGCGAAAAAGGGUUUAUCACCAAAUGAUAAAAACCACAUUCAAUAAGCAAUUUCUAUUGGUUUAGUAUUUUUUAUAGUUAUAACAUAAAUAGAUUUAGUUUAAUGUGAUAAUAUAGGACAUUUAAUAUGCGAAAUUAAGAAUUUUAUCUAUUAAAACUACUAAAAUAAAUAAGUCUAAGUAAUUUAUACAUAAAACUAAAUAGCAAAAAUAUUCACAGAAUAAUUUACUUAAGGCGAUUUAGUCCCUAUUUUUAUGGUUUCAAAUAAAACAAUGGUUAAUAUAGAACUUUUAAUAAAUUUUUUGAGUUAACUUCCUGAUAAUAGAGCUUUUUUGGACUUAAAUUUAAAUAAUGAAUGUGAGUAGUUUUCUGAAUUUACUAUUCAUAAUCCUUUUGAAAAAUCUAAAAUUAAUACAGAUAAAAAAAAUGGAUAAUAUGUUUUUCUAGGAACAGUUUUAUAAGGAGAUUUAGUUCUUAAUUAAAAGCUAUUACUUGGUCCAGAUUUUAAUGGAUUUUUCAAAGAAGUACAAAUCACUCAAAUAAUAAUUGCAGAAACUUCAGUAGAAACAGCCCAAAGCAGUCAAAUAUGUGUUGUUAAAGUUAAAGCAGAUAAAGAAAAAACUUUCGAAAUUCGUAAAGGAUAGGUUUUAGUUGAUCCUCGACUGAUUCCAAGAGCUGCUUAUGAGUUUAUUGCUGAAUUAUCUCUUUUCGAUAGUAUAAAACAUAGAGUAGCUAUAAAAACUGGUUAUUAACCAGUAGUUAAUUUUCAAAGUAUAAGAUAAAGUUGUAAAAUUAUGGUGACAAAAGAUGAUUUAGAAGGUAAAGGUUACAGACCAUUAAUUAGAAGAAAAUCUUUAGAAAGAGAAAUGAGAAAAAAAGCAGGUGAAAUAGUAGAUUUAAAAGUGGUAAAAUUUUCAACAUAAGGAGAAAAAAUAGGAGAAGAAAAAACAUUUGUUUUUUCUAAAAAUAUGAAUAGUAAAUUCUUAAGAAGAACAAAAUCUAUUGAAAAAAUUUAAGAAAUUGUUAAAAACGAAGAAAAAAAAAAUAAUACUAAUUAACCUUCAUUAAAUUUAGAAUUAAUAUAACAGAAUAAGCCUGUCAUUUUUGUUGAACCUUAAAAUAAAUGCAAUUAAAAUAUUUAAAAUUUAAAAAAAUAUGAUUAAGAAUCUAAAAAUUAUUUAAGGAUGAGAUUUAAGAAUAGACCUGAAAGAAUUAAAAUAGGUUAAACGUUUAUUAUUUAUGAUGAAACUUUAAAGGCAAAAGGAAAAAUUAUAAAAGAUAAAUAAGAUUCAAAACCUUUAAAUAUUCAUGAAAGUAAAAUAGAUGGAAUUUAUGUUGAGGGUCUUUCUGAAUAUUAAUGCACUCAUUAUUAUGAUGCUAUAUAAUUAAUGAAACGUGGGGAGAAAAAUAGAAAAAUAAGAUAAACAUAAAUGAAUAAUAAAAGUAGUAGAUCACAUACAAUACUUUAAUUUUCAAUAGAAUCAACUAACAACAAUAAUAAAAAUAUAAUGAAAAGAUCAAAAGUAAAUUUAUGUGAUUUAGCUGGAUCAGAAAAAAUAAACAAAAACGAAAUAAUUUAAAAUGAUCAUUUUAAUGAAUUAAAAAAUAUUAAUUAAUCAUUAUCAACUUUAGGUAAAAUUAUAUACAAUUUAAGUUGUAAUUAAAAAUUGCCUAUGCCUUUUAGAGAAUCUAAACUCACGAGAAUUUUGCAAGAUAGUCUAACGGGAAAUUGCAAAACAAUAGUAAUUGGAAAUAUUUCACCAUCUUUAAUUAAUAUAGAAGAGACAAUUUCGACUUUAAAAUUUGUUGAUAGGGCUAAAAAUAUUAUUAUGAAAGUUAAACCAAAUUAAUUAAAUACUUCGAAUUAAAUUAUUGUUUAAUAAUUAUAAAGAGAAGGUAAGAGGAAAACAAAAUGA